AUGAAAUUCUUGGAAUUGAGAGUGUACGUUGACGGUGCCAAUAAGGGAGAACGUCGUUUGAUAAGGAUGAUGGCUAUGAAAUAUAUCCUAUGUGGAGAAUGGCUUUAUAAGAGGUCUUAUGAUGGCAUACAUCUCCGUUAUUUGAAGAAAGAGGAAGUCGAAAGGGUUAUGGAAGAAGUUCAUCAAGGGAAUUGUGGUCCUCACAUGAAUGGGAGAAUGUUAGCCAAAAAGAUCCUAAGGAUGGGGUACUAUUGGAAUACGAUGGAGACUGAUUGUGUAGACUUUGUAAAGAGUUACCAUAUCUGCCAAACACAUGCAAACUCUAAUCAUGUACCACCUAGUGAGCUGUAUAGCAUGACCUUUCCUUGGCCUUUCUUAGUCUGGGGUAUAGAUGUGAUUGGAAGGAUAGCCCUAAAGGCUUCAAACGGACACAAGUACAUCCUAGUGACGAUUGACUACUUCACCAAAUGGUUAGAAGCAGCCUCCUACUCUGUAUUGAAAGCCAAUCAUGUGGCUUGGUUUGUAGAGAAUAACAUCAUUUGCCGAUACUGGGUACCACAAGAGAUCAUCGCAAAUAAUGGCUCCCACUUUGAAAGAGAGGUUCGAAGGAUCAUGGAGUUGUACAACAUUGAGCAUCACAAGUCUUCACCAUACCGACCACAAACUAAUAAGGCUAUAGAAGCAGCCAAUUAG